AUGGCCAAAUGGAGACUCGCGACUGCGACUCUCCGUCGGCAUCUCCGUUCUCCGUCGCCUUCCAUCUCUGCCUACGGGGAUCCAGUCGGAGCCUUGUCUGCAUCCCAUCAGCGUCGUAGCUACACCACAGCUCUCGCCGAUGAUCCGAGAGGGAAAUGGCUUACUCUACCUCCUUUUUCUCCCACCGUCGACGCCGCCGCAGUAGCAAAGGAGCUCUCUUCCGACGGAGACUCCGCCAAAGGCUCAACGGAUGGCUCAUCGACGGCGCUUCGGUGGAUUCUUCGUUGUCGUCCCGAUCUACCUAGGAGCCUCGUUCAGAAACUCUUCCGUCUAAGACAGGUUAGAAGAGAAAUGUCUCUGAAUUGCGACGGUGAUGAGCUACAAAGAAGCCAGCUUAAAAGGGUGGCAGCAAAGGAAUCAUUGAAUGUAGGAGAUAGAAUUUACCUUCCUUUGUCAGUAGACAAUGCUGCGCCGCAGCAGCCGCCUGCUAAGAAAGAAUUUCAUUGCAAUGAAGAAGAAGGCAAAUUCAUUUGCAGUUUGGUCUUGUACAAGGAUCCAGCCAUUAUUGUUUUGAAUAAACCUCACGGUAUGGCUGUUCAAGGCGGGACUGGGAUCAAAACGAGUAUCGACGAACUCGCUGCCGUUUGCUUGAAGUUUGAUAAACCAGAAUCUCCCCGGCUGGUGCAUAGACUUGACAGAGACUGUAGUGGACUAUUGGUAUUGGGAAGAACACAGACGGCUGCAACAGUUCUUCAUUCUAUAUUCCGGGAGAAAACAUCUGGUGCAUCUGCUUAUGGUGUCAAAAAGAACAUAAAAUCCUUGAAAAGAAAAUAUCUGGCACUCGUGAUCGGGUGUCCAAGACGUCAAAGGGGACAGAUUUCAGCGCCACUCAGAAAGGUGGUUGUGGAUGAUGGAAAAUCUGAUCGUAUCACAGUUAAUGACAACGGAGAACUAGUUUCUACUCAGCAUGCUAUCACCGAGUACAGAGUGAUUGAAUCUUCUCCACUUGGAUACACAUGGCUUGAGCUUCGUCCUUUAACCGGGAGAAAACAUCAGCUUCGUGUACACUGCGCAGAGGUUCUAGGAACACCGAUACUCGGGGACUAUAAAUACGGAUGGCAAGCUCAUAAAUCUAGGGAACCUUUGGUCUCUUCCGGCAAAAGCACGACCAAGCCAUCACCUUCUCCUUUUGGCUUGGACCUGGACGGUGGAGAUGUAUCAUCAAAAGAGCCACACCUUCAUCUCCAUUCAAAGCAAAUCGAGCUGCCGAAUAUCUCUCAGCUUUUGGAGAAACUGGAGGUUUCUUCAGAUGCUGGUGUAUCGGAACUCGAUUUCCUUAAAUUCGAUGCUCCGUUGCCUAGUCAUAUGCAGCUUAGCUUUAACUUGUUGAAAUCUAGAGUCGAAACUGGUGACAAUUGUUAG